AUGACAGAUCCUCCUAAAGUUCUCUUCUUCAUCAUCAUUGUCAUCAUCAACAUCACUAUCAUUGUCAUCACCAUCAGCAGCUGGACUGAUCAGGCUAUGUGCAAUCGGCGUGGAUGUUGCUGGAGUCCCCAGGGUCAGAGCCGUGUGCCCUCAUGCUUCUUCCCCACAAAUUCGGGCUACAGAGUUGUGGACCUGCAGACCAACGCCAAGUUUGUGCUUAGGCUGAAGAGGGUGGCCGCUCCAUCGUUGUUUGGACAUGACAUCCCAGAAGUCAUCCUCACAGUCAAAAACUUGACUUCCAAUUGCUUCCAUUUCAAGAUCACCGAUCCUCGCAUUAAAAGGUUUGAAGUCCCACAUAGAGCUGUGGAAAGAUUUCUUAAAGAAGAUUCUUUCAAUUCCACCAGUCAAGCCUAUUACUUUGAAAUCACCAAUGAGCCACAGUUUGGCCUCAAGUUAAAGAGAGCAAGCAAUAACAAAGUCCUGUUGGACACGAGCAUUGGGCCACUGCAGUAUGCCGACCAGUUCCUGCAACUGUCCACCCGCCUGCCCAGCAUCAACGUGUAUGGCUUCGGGGAGCACGUGCACCGACAGUACCGGCAUGACCUGGACUGGAAGACGUGGCCCAUCUUCCCCCGUGACACCCUCCCCACUGGGGAUGUGAAGAACCUGUACGGGGCUCACACAUUCUUCCUGUGCCUGGAAGACAACACCGGCAAUUCCUUUGGGGUGUUCCUGCUCAACAGCAAUGCUAUGGAGGUGGCCCUCCAGCCUGCCCCCGCAGUCACCUAUCGGACGGUCGGGGGCAUCCUGGACUUCUAUGUCUUCCUGGGCAGCUCUCCGGAGGAAGUGGUCCGGGAGUAUCUGGUGCUCAUCGGGCGGCCGUUUCUGCCCCCAUAUUGGAGUCUCGGGUUCCACCUGGGCCUGGAAGACUCUGGAGGAAUCGCGAGAUUGAAAGACGUACUGAAGAGAAACCAGGAUGCUUCGAUCCCCUGCGAUGCUUACUUUUUCAACACUGACUAUAUGGAAGAGAAUAAGGUCUUCACUUAUGACAGAAUGGCCUUUGCAGAACUCCCAGAACUUGUUGGUAAUCUGUCCAGAAGUGGGCAGAGAUUGGUCAUCAGACUGGAUCCCACCAUCUCAAAGAACUCAUCCUACGGUCCUUACGAAAAUGGCGAUAGCCAAUACAUCUGGGUGUCAGAACCAGCCGGCGAAAACCCCCUCAGUGGGAAGGCUUGGCCAGGACCAACCGUGUUCCCUGACUACAGCAACCCAUUGUGCAAGAACUGGUGGACUGAAGAGUUUGAGAAAUUUCAUGAACAGCUGGGGUUUCAUGGAACCUGGAUUGAUAUGAAUGCUCCAUCCAACUUUGUCAAUGGUUCCGAUCAAGGUUGCUUUGUAAACAACAUGAACUACCCUCCCUUCAAUCCUAGAGUUGUGGACCGGCUGCUGUUCUCCGGAACAUUGUGCAUGGAUGCGGUGCAGCAUGGCGGCCUCCACUACGACCUCCACGGGCUGUACGGCCACACCAUGGUGGCUGCCACUCAGGAGGCUGCCCAGGGCAUCAACUCCACUGACAGAAGCUUCAUCCUGACACGGUCCACCUUUGCCGGCUCUGGGAAGUUUGCAGCCCACUGGCUGGGGGACAACGCGGCCACCUGGGACGACCUGCGCUGGUCCAUCCCCGGGAUGCUCGAGUUCAAUCUGUUUGGGAUCCCCCUGGUGGGUGCAGACAUCUGUGGAUUCCGGGACAACACCACCGACGAACUGUGCUUACGUUGGAUGCAGCUGGGAGCUUUUUAUCCAUUUUCCAGGAAUAACAAUGGGAAAGGGAAUUUGGACCAGGAUCCCGCCGCUUCUGGAUCCGACUCUCUCCUGGCCAACUCCUCACGGCACUACCUGAACAUCCGCUACAGUCUGCUGCCGUACCUUUACACCCUGUUUUACCAAGCACACACUGAGGGAGGCACUGUGGCCAGGCCCUUGAUGCACGAGUUCUAUUGGGAUGAAGCCACAUGGGACGUACACGAGCAGUUCCUGUGGGGCCCUGGACUCCUCAUCACUCCUGUGCUCUACCCGCUGCUUCCCUCUGGGAACAAAGUCAGAGCCUACAUGCCCGACGCCACCUGGUAUGACCUGGAGACGGGGGCUGCCAGCCCUUGGAGGAAACAGUGGGUGAACCUGACCCUCCCCCAGGACAAGAUUGGGCUGCACCUAAGAGCGGGCUACAUCUUCCCCUUCCAGCAGCCCAGCAACAACACAGUGUUCAGCCGCCUGGGAGCACUCGGUCUCAUCGUUGCCCUCAACUACCAGAAGAAGGCGGAGGGGAUGCUGUUCUGGGAUGAUGGACAAAGUCGAGGUGCACUCAGCUCACCCCAUAACUCCUUAAAUUUGACAGUGGUGAAAAAUUGGAGCAGUAGCCCAACAGAUUUAAAAUUUGAGGAAAUUAGAAUUCUUGGAAUGACCAAGAAGCCUGAUGUCAUACUAAUCAAUGGUGUCAACAUGUCAGGUAUCAAUAUCUCCUAUGAUGAUGAAUCAAAGGUCAUUUACCUCAAAGAGCUCAAUCUUUCCCUGGGAGAAUGUUACACUGUGAAAUGGCAGUUCACUUAUACCAACGAGGAGAGAUUUGACUGUUUACCUGGACAAACAAAUGUCUCCAAAGAUAGCUGUGAAGAUCAGAAGUGUAUCUGGGAGAGCAGCUCCAGCCCUGGAGUUCCUUCCUGUUUCUAUGACUCCAUCCCGAAAUUCACCACCAGCAACCUUCAGAUUGAUUCAGCGGGGAUCACUGCGGACCUCACCCUCAACGAUCGUCCCACCUUCAGGUCUCUGGAGUCCAUCACCACUCUGCGGCUGGAAGUGAAAUACCACACAAGCAGCCUGCUGCAGUUUAAGGUCUAUGACCCCCAGAAAAAGCGGUAUGAAGUGCCCGUGCCCCUGAACCUCCCCAGUUCCCCGCACAGAUCCAUGGAGGACAGACUGUACGACGCCACUGUCACCACCAACCCAUUUGGGAUCCUCAUCAAACGCAGAAGCACAGGCACAGUGAUCUGGAAUUCUCAGCUCCCCACUUUUACAUUUGAAGAUAAGUUCAUCCAGAUCUCCACCCACCUCCCCUCCCGCUACAUCUAUGGUUUCGGAGAGUCGGAGCACAGCACCUUCGUCAGAAAUGUCACCUGGAACACGUGGGGGAUGUUUGCCAGGGACCAGCCCCCUCAGGACAACCUGAAUUCCUAUGGUUUCCACCCGUACUACAUGUGCCUGGAGAAAGGAGGUCUGGCCCACGGCGUUCUUCUGCUCAACAGCAACGCGAUGGAUGUCACACUCCAGCCGACGCCGGCGCUGACCUAUCGCACGACUGGGGGGAUUCUGGACUUCUUUGUGGUCCUGGGCCCAACGCCGGAACUGGUGACACAGCAGUACACCGCGUUGAUUGGACGGCCAGCGAUGCCACCAUACUGGGCUCUGGGCUUCCAGCUGAGUCGCUAUGGAUACCAGAAUGACUCGGAGAUCGCAGACCUCUACGACGCAAUGGUGAAGGCAGAGAUCCCCUACGACGUGCAGUACUCAGAUAUUGAUUACAUGGAGCGACAGCUGGACUUCACACUCAGCCCCGACUUUGCUGGCUUUCCCGCCUUAAUCAACAGCAUGAAAGCGGCAGGAAUGAGAGUUGUCCUUAUCCUGGAUCCCGCUAUCUCAGGCAACGAGACGAAGCCAUAUCCCGCGUUCACCCGGGGGAAGCAGGAUGACGUCUUCAUCCAGUGGCCGUCCAGCGGUGACAUCGUCUGGGGAAAGGUGUGGCCAGUUUAUCCUAACAUCGUGAUCAAUAAUUCCCUUGACUUGGAGACCCAAGUGGAGCUGUACCGGGCUCACGUGGCCUUCCCGGACUUUUUCCGCAACUCAACAGCCACCUGGUGGAAAAGAGAAAUCCUGGAACUGCACACAAACUCGCGGGAGCCCCACAAGAGCCUCAAGUUUGAUGGAUUGUGGAUUGACAUGAAUGAGCCAGCCAACUUUGUCAAUGGAGCUGUUGGAGGCUGCCCAAACUACGACCUGAACCACCCGCCAUAUAGGCCACACCUUGCUUCCCAAGAGCAGGGUCUGAGCAGCAAGACCCUGUGCAUGGAGAGUCAGCAGUUCCUGGCCGACGGCUCCCCAGUGCGGCACUAUGAUGUGCACAACCUGUACGGGUGGUCCCAGAUGAAACCCACCUAUGACGCCAUCCAGGAGGCAACGGGGCAGCGGGCCCUGGUCAUCAGCCGCUCGACAUUCCCCUCAGCGGGACGCUGGGGCGGUCACUGGCUGGGGAAAAAUACAGCAGCAUGGGACCAGCUGGGGAAGUCCAUCAUUGGCAUGAUGGAGUUCAGCCUCUUCGGGAUCCCCUAUACGGGAGCGGACAUCUGCGGGUUCUUCAAAGAAGCAGACUAUGAGAUGUGUGCCCGCUGGAUGCAGCUAGGGGCCUUCUACCCCUUCUCCCGCAACCACAACAGCAACGGGACCAAGAGACAAGACCCGGUAGCCUGGAACAAGACCUUCGAGGAUCUCUCCAGGAAAGUGCUCAACAUCAGAUACGCCCUGCUGCCCUACCUGUACACGCUUAUGCAUGAUGCCCACGUGAACGGCAGCACCGUCGUCCGCCCGCUGCUCCAUGAGUUCCCUGAGGACAACGCCACCUGGCUUAUUGAUGCACAGUUCCUGCUGGGGCCGGCUAUCUUAGUCAGCCCCGUCCUGCAGAAAGACACCUUGGAGGUCAAUGCCUACUUUCCCGAUGCACGCUGGUUCGAUUUGCUCACGGGAUCUGAGGUGGGAGCAAGGGGGCAGUGGAGGAACCUGUCAGCACCUCUGGACCACAUCAACCUCCAUGUCCAGGGGGGCCACAUCCUGCCAGGCCAGGAGCCGGCCAACAACACCCACUACAGUCGACAGAAACUUCUGCAACUCAUCGUGGCUCUGGAUGACAGGGGAAGUGCUGAAGGCCAGUUGUUCUGGGACGACGGGCAGAGCAUCGAUACAUAUGAAAAAGAGAAUUAUUUCCUGGUAACAUUUUAUGCUGGUUGGGAUUGGCUUAAAAUUCAAACCACUCACAAAGAAUCCUUCAAUUCAUCAGCAUCCCUGACCCUGGGUUUUGUGCGUAUUUACGGAUUGGUCAGUGGCAACAUGACCGAGGUCACUGUCAGAGUGAAUAAUAUUACACAAGAGCAGAUAAUCGUCCCUGUUAUCCCAGAGUAUCAGUCCUUGCUGUCCUUAAUGUUUAUGCUGCUCCUGUUGCCCUAA